AUGGAUUUAAGUUUUAUAGAUGAACUUCAAAAUAAAAAUAUACUAAACCGAUUUGAAAAACAUACUGGAGUCGAUACAAGUAACACAUUUAGUAUAAAAAGUUCUUUAAUGUUAUAUAAGGAAGAGCUUCUAAGUGGCUAUCUUUUCAGUUAUAUUGAAAAUUUGGACAGAAUUCUAAAGAAUGUUUUAAUACCUCAAAGAAUUGUAGAAUUUACAGGUCAUUUUUCAUGUACUACUCCGAUUUGUUUGCAAUUAUGUUUAUCCAUACAGUUACCAAAAAAACAAGGAGGAUUUGAAAGCGAGGCUUUCUAUAUAAGUACAAAUGGAAAUUUCUCCAUAGAGAAGUUAAGAGAAAUGGCGCUUUCGUUUGUUGGAGAGUAUUCUAAAGAUGAAGAUAAUUUUAAUGUGGAGACUUUAUUGAGUCAUAUAUAUUAUACAAGAGUUUACGAUUUGGAUCAAUUGGUGGCUUGUCUUUUUGAAACGGAGUUAAUAAUUAAGCGAAAUAAUGUACGUUUACUGAUCCUUGACAGCAUAACAAUACCGUUAAGAUCAUUGCAAUCUUCAGAAAAGUUUAAAACUGUUAGUGCCGUUAUGCGGAUAUUAAGAAACCUUGCUGAUAAGUAUAAUAUUAUAGUAGUCGUCACAAAUUUUUGUACAACUAGGAUCAAUGAAAAUGAAGCAUACACCGUAGCAUCUUUAGGAGAUAGUUUUUACCACAUGGUUAAUUCUAGGAUAAGUUUUACAAAGACUGAAACAUUUUUCAAAGCUAAAUUAUUAAAACAUGUGAUGUACGAAGAGAAAGAAGUUAUCUUUUAAUAUUUU